UCCAUUCGUCUUUCCUUUCAUUGACAGUUUCUGAGUGACGCAGCUGGAUUUCCAGAGGGCACCGCUGUUCAGUAACUCCUACCUUCUUCACCGUAUGUGGUGCCGUCAAAAUAUAUUGUCGCAGGUCACAACUUGGUUGGGGGCUUCACCCUGUGGCCUGGAAAGUAGGUAUCCACCAACUUCCAAGUGAUCAGUGAUGCUAUCACCUACAAAGGCGCUAUGCACGGAUGUACAUAUCACAAUUUCACUAUAAUUGUGAGUGAACCAAGUACUCAAUUCAGUAUCACACUAUUAUGGCGUGUUUACGUCCUGUGCUCUGUUGGUGGCCAACGGCUGUGAGGAGAGUUAUUCUCUUCGAAUUUGUAUUAGCAAACAACAUGCAGACAAUCGAAGACAUCGCGACAGCCAAUUCGGAAGUCAAACUCUCACUAGUCUCGGAUAUCAUCGGUGCGCUGGCAAAUAUCCUCGCACGUUCACGAGAAAUCGAUAUCAUUCCAGACCUUGAAACUCCACACUCCAAACUCCCCGACACCGAUCAGUUAGCCAUGCACAAAGAUCAGAGCAUCAGCGCUACCAUCACCAAGCACCAGCAGCAGCUGGAUGCAGUUUUGCACGAGAUCUCUGGGCUGGAAACCGUGAUGGAUGGUAUGAAAGAUCUUCAUCACCAACUCGUCGAAAAAAAGGACAAGAUCACCCAGUCCAUGAAUGUGUACAAGGGACUAGUAUCGCCUGUCCGGCGCUUACCAACUGAAGUCCUAUCCCAAAUUUUUGACCACUGCCUCCCGGAGGACAGUCGCUUGUUGUCCCCAUCAAUGGAACACGCUCCCAUGCUUUUGACCGGAAUAUGCAGACGUUGGAGGGAGGUUGCUGUGGGUGUGCCAAGUUUAUGGCGCAGGUUAUAUGUGGAGGUGGACGACGACGGUAACUGGCAGGACGGAACUUUCUGCCACGACUUAUGGCUCAAGCGAUCGCGAGGAUGUCCGAUCUCGUUAGAACUCGACUGCUACGCAAAUGACUUGACCGAGCUACGAAGCCUUUUCCAGCCUUACAUCAAUCAAAUUUCGUCUCUAUCUAUCUACUUUUCAGGCGAAACAGACGAAACAGACCUUUUGUUAGAAGACCUUCCGGCACUCCGGGAGCUGGCCAUAAAGAUAGAUUUCGCGCUUGAGCUUGACAUUCUAUCCGUUACACAAUCUAUCUCGCAACUGCCCUCCACUAUGCGCAGUCUCAAGGUCGUGGGGUUGUUGUUCGACGCCCGGAAUUUAUCGUCUUUGGAUCCCUUAUGGUUCCAUCUGACAAAUGUCGAGAUCUCAAUACGUCAUCCGAAUGCAUUCCUCCGCUUGCUCCAGUUAUGUCCCAGUCUCUCCUCGUUAAAAGUUCGCGCAAAAUUCGACCUGGUACAAACCUUGGAGCCAUUCACCCACACCGAAAUCCAAUCAUUGCGCAUCGAUUUUAACUCUGAGCAAACACGCUCUUUAUCUGACCUAUUCGGUGCUCUAUCACUCCCCAAUUUACGGGUGCUUGAAGUUCGCUAUAUAGAAAAAUGGCCUCAUAAAAAGUUCAAGGCAUUCUUGGCACGGUCAAAGUGUCCCCUGGAGCGCCUGGCUUUUGGUGGUAUAAAGAUGAUGGCGGAUGAGCAGCGGGCGGAAUAUGUUGACCUUUUUCCUUCCGUCGCAGUAAUAGUAUUGGAUCCCGUGCAAAGUAUUUUUUAGGCCUCAGUUGUUGCACUGUAUUUGGCGAUGAUGGCAUUGGGCUGGUACGCGUUUUAUGAUGAUACUGUACUAAUG